AUGUGUAAAAAAAUAUCAGAAAACAACAAAGCUGAAAGGCUGCAGUCAGAAUCCGAUCGUGGUCAAUGGUGGUCACCAGAUAUCAAAGCUAUAUGCAAUCCGCCUUGUGAUGGCGGGACAUGUGUGGCUCCAAACAGGUUGCUGUCUUCCCAAUCGCCAACAAUCCUUAGAGCAAGCACAUACCUAAUCACCAAGGAGAGAUCGAGCGGGAAAAUAUUCGGCAAAAUAUUGGCUGAUUCUACGUCACCAAAUAGUAAUUAUGUGGAUACAAUAUGGGUUAUGAAACAUGAUUUCAACAUUAUCAAUAUCUACUUCGAAUCAAUUUACAACCAGUCCCCGCUCCAGGAAAACGGAUCAUCUACGGUGUAUAGAAAAUCGAAGAAUUAUACUUGUUCAGACAAUCCAAGCCCAUCUCAACCUGUGACCGUGUUCAAAUGUAACAUAACUGACAAUAAUUUUGACUGGUUACUAGAGAAUGGAGAUAUUAUGGUGGUGACGAUAUCAACACAAAGCGGUGGAUUCCGAGACAUCAAUUCGACAACUAAUCAUAAGCACUUCUCACAUGAAAGUUAUGUAUCACAAACAUCAACAAAACAGAUGGAGUUCAAGUUCGAUUACCACCCACCGUACCACUGCUUGGAGAAAGCUAACUGUUCAACAGGUCAGAAGCCGCUGCAUCUUAGUCAUGAUGUCACAAAGGAGCCGGUAAACAUAUCAUGGGAUGGAUGGAGCGAUCUUUUGUCGGGUGUUGAUGUAUACACAAUACAAGUAUAUCCCUUGCAACAAGACAGGACAGGUGAUCUGACUGAGGUUAACCCGGCAAAUCCUAUAUAUUACCUGACCAGUCUCUCUAACUCCUCCGACCCGUCAUACCUACCGCCUUCACCCGGAAUGUACUCGAUUAUACUAGAGGUUGGAGACAAAGCAAACAACACUAAAUACAGUCGUCGAAUGCUGCUGUUUGACGAUGAAUCUAACGUCACAACAACUGCUAAUCCUAUAAAGAUAGAAGGUGCUGUAGGCGAUGUAAACAAUAGCUGGAUCAAUAAUCUGCACGACCCAGUAGUGGUUAGCUGGCAAGGCCAUUUUCGGAACAAGAAACAUGAGGAAUAUCAUUUUUUAAAUGCUGUUGCUACUUUCAAACCACAGACAAUAAUGCACUUUCGACAUAAGAAUGUAUCUUCAGUUUUAGAUGACCACGAAGGAAAACGUACUCUAAAGAAAAUACCCAACACGCAUGGAAUAACCAAAUUACAAAUAACCUAUGAACUGAAGAAUCACGGAGGACGUCAUCCCUGGACUAAUGUUGAUAGUUUCUUAGACGAGAAGGCUACCCUUAAUAUUUCACGUUUGGAUGGAGAUACCGUGAUAAUAUCAUUGAAAGCAUUUGAUAUAUUGGAAAAUAAUGUGGAACAACAAAUACUAAUGAAUGUUGACGCAUCAUCACCAAACGUCGAAACGCCAAAAUUGAACCGAAACGUACAAAAUGGAUCAUAUCCUUUCUCGAGUGGAAUUCAAUUUAACGCAUACGAUGAGCAAAGUGGUAUAACCAUGUUCAAAUGGAAAAUUAAGACUAAUGAUUCUGAAGAAAUUUUUCAUGAGGGUGAAUACCAAGGAAACAGAACAGAGGCUAGACCAUCUAGGGAAGAGGGGGUAUGCAGCCCAGCCGGUGGUUGUUUUUAUUAUCUCCAUAUAUUUGAGAUUAACAACUGUUGGAUGAAGGUACAUAAGGAUAGACUGGCAACCGAGGUCAUUGAUGUUUAUAUUGAUGUUUUCAAUCUGGCCAUGCUGAACUCAUCUGUCCAAAUCCAGAUUGAUGAUUUGCGUACAUUUGAUGGUAUUGAAGAGUAUUACGGCCCAAUUGACCUUACGAUUUCCGGCACAACAUCCAACACUGCAAACUUUCAAUGGCAAUUCGGACCGAGCUGUUACGACCGUUCAGGAAUACUUUUGAGGUACAAUGUUUCUGGACAGACACAGACUAUGCAAGUCCAAAAGGACUCCAUAUACUACACACUUGGGAACCUUGAUUCAGAAACGACCUACACCGUCAAUUUCGUCAUUCAGUAUGGUGAUGAGGAAAGUGAUCCAGUUCAGGUCACUUUUACCACAGGAAAGCAAGAAGUCUUGUCAACAGGUAUUAUUGCAGCGAUUUCUACAGUGAUCGCGAUUCUCGUGGCUCUGUUAAUCGUUGGCAUAGUGCUAUGGAGGACUGGGAGGCUCAGCCGAUACAAGGAAUCUAUCUACGGUCACAUUCAAAGACGGACAGUCAAACGUCGACGCACCAACAACUCCGAAGUGAACCGAGAUUUAGAGCGGAAGUCAUUCGCGAACUUAGCAUAUUCGGAUGUCGGCGAUGAGGAUGUAUACCUGUAUGGCCAAAUGGUUUUCAACGAGAAUCAAUCAUGGGAGGUAAACCAUGACAAGGUGUCCUUAGUCGAGAAAAUAACAUCUGGACGGUUUGCCGACAUCUACAAGGCUUCGCAGAGAACCAAAAAGAAUAAUAAAAUGGUAGUUAUUGCGAAGGUACUGAAAGAGGCACAUACAGAGCUUGACCAAAUGGUUAUGACCGCCAAGAUAAAUUUCUUUGCGACAAUGGUUGAUUCCCAUCCUAAUGUUGUCCAAUUUGUUGGAGCCGUCCUUGACAACAAAGCAUUGGGUCCAUUUAUGCUUUUGGAGUUUUAUGAUGUUGGGGUGUUGAGGACGUGGCUACAAAAUCUGCGAGCAACAGUCAGCGAUAGUGUUAUUGACACCUUGUACCGAAUUACUUUCGACGUCGCCCAAGGAAUGGACUAUCUUAGCUCUAAAAAGAUUAUACAUCGUCACCUUGCCGCCAGAAAUAUUUUCCUGACAUCGUCACUGGGAGCAAAAGUUGCAGGAUUCGGCCCGACAAGGGAAACAGAGCAGCAAGACAACGAUAACGGAAAGAGUAAAGUGGCGAUCAAGUGGAUGGCUCCUGAAUGUAUGACUACCGUGAAGGACGCAACAUUGAAGAGUGACGUAUGGUCAUAUGGAAUCGUCAUGUGGGAAAUCUUCAGUCUGGGUGAAACCCCGUAUCCCGGUGUGCGGAGUACGGAUGUGGCAAACAAAGUUAGAAAAGGAUAUCGUAUGAGUCGUCCCGAAUAUUGUGCUGACCUGCAUUAUGAGCUGAUGAAGAAAUGCUGGAGUGAAAAACAGUCAUCACGUCCUAAAUUCACGGCCAUUGUCCAGGAUAUCAGCAGCACCUUCAGCUCGAGUCCAGACGAUUACUAUUACUAUGCCACGUAA